ACGCCGCACUGCCCUCAAAAAAUCUGAUUUUGAUUUUUAAACAAAUCGAAAAAUUGAAAUUAAGACAGUAAUUACAACCAACCAGAAAGAACUUGACGAACCAUCAAUCAAGAAUGACAUCAGUUCAAGGACACUUAUCACGAUCAUUCCCAUCGAAUCUGAAAGGGUCAAACCUAGUAUCAUGGUCAAGAAAUGGAUUCAUAGCUUAUGCAGCUCCAGUAGGACAGAAUUCAAAGGAUAACCUUUAUCUUACCUAUCUUGAAAAUAUUAAUGGGAAAUCAUGGCAAUUAGCCAAACCUCAACCAAUUAAUAUUAAACUUGAAAAUAAUUUCCUUCCUGAGUUAUCUUUGGUAUCUUGGAGUAAUUCAAGUACUGAUUUAGCUAUUUCUGACGUGUAUGGGAACUUUUAUAUCCUUUUAGCUGGAGUUGGUUUACUUGAUUUUAGUCUGAAAGGUAUAAGACCAGAAAAUUUACCUACAAAUUCACCAAGUUAUGAAUUGACUUCUUAUAAUCAUAUGGAAAAGAUAUAUUUAGAUAUCAUAAAUCAAGAUGAUACAUCUCAUGUUAAUCCAGGAGCAACUUUUGUUGCAUUUAAAUGGCUUAAUAUUGAAAAGGCUCAAAUUUUUAAUAAACCAGCUACGUUGAAUAAUCAAUCCCUUCAAAAUGGAAAACAUAGUUAUACUUAUGAUGUAAGUCAAUUUCAAUCUCAUGGUGUAACUCACCCUAUUUCCACUAAGCAAGCUUGUGUGGCCUUACGUCAAAAUGGACAAUUUAUACUUUAUUAUCAAGGUGAACAUAAAGUAGAAUAUCAUAAACUUACUAUCAAUUUGAGUGAUGAAGUGAUGGUGGUUUCACAAGCAUCGAUUGGAUUUUCAAAUGAUAAGAAUAUAGUAGUCACUGUUUAUGAUUCAGUUUCAAAUAAAAUCUUAAUCUAUACUAUAAUUAUCGAUUGGGGAUUCUUAGUUGAAUCAGCAAAAAGACAAAAAGUCGAUCCUCAUUAUCAUACUCCAAAGGAAGAACAAAGAAUUCCAAAAUUAUCCAUCAAGAAAAUCCAUGAACUGGAUUUAUUACAAACUAAUAUUUAUGAUAAUGAUGAUAUGGAAAUUGGGGAAUAUCAAUUUGGUAGUUUAGCCUCCAUUGAUUUAGUAUCAGCCCAUCCCGAAAGUAACUCAAGUUUAGAUAUAAUCAUAAGUUAUGCUAUGGAAAAUGAAGCAGGUGAUGUGAUAACUACUUUGAAUAGAUAUAAUCUCGUGGAUGAAAUCAAAUUGGUUUCAGAUGCUUUUAUCGAAUUGGGGUUACGUAAGAAUGCUCCUACAUCCAUCGUAACUUCAGCAGUUAAUUUAGUAUUUCAAGAUAAAUUAACCAGAUCAGGGAAAAUCCAAAGUAUAACCACUGGCUUGGCUGAUUACUUUAUAUUAAUCUAUUAUGAAGAUGGUCAUAUAGAUGUGAUUGAUCGUUCUACUAUGAAAGUCGUAAAUGAAAAUCAUACUGAAUCAUUAGAUCCUCCUCCAAAAACCAUAUCUACCAUCUUUGAUGUCGGAUUCAGAUUCCCUAAAAUUGAAACUGAAAAUCCAUUAAUAUUAAUCGCAUCACCAAAUUUAACAUCAAUAGCAUAUACUGAAGUGAUAGGAGAUUCUUUCAACUUGACAUUGAAAGUGGUAGAGAAAGAACAACAUUUAGGAACGUCUGAUUCCGAAUUAUUCGCUACAUCGGUAGCAUUUGCAUUCCGUCAUGCUUAUGCUUGUUAUACCAAUACUUGUUCUGACGAUAUUAUAGCCUUAAUGCAAACUGAAGUUGCUAGAUUGAAUGUGGUAAAACAUGAAAAUAAACAUUUGAUUUCAUCAUUUAUAGAAAGAAUCAUUUCUGAAUCUCAUAAAGCCAUUAAUUUCAGAUUAGAUCUGUUCAGUAAAGAAUCAGUGGAUAAAUUAUUAUCAAGUCCACCAUUACAAAAAUUAUUAUCAUUACAAUUGGUUCUUGGUGAUUUACUGGAUGAAAAUUAUAUGGUUAGUGAUAUCGCAUGGACAGUUUUAAAUUUAAGAAGUACAAGUUUUGGUAUUAUGUUUCUGUUAUCAAGCAUAUAUAGACAAAUUUCCAAGAAAAAACCCACCGAAGAUAGUCUCCAAGAUUCAAUCACAAGAGGUGAAAGUAUUGUAUCAUUGAUAGGUAAUGUCAAAUGGCUUAUUGAUUUAUUGGUUUACAUAAAUCAAGAAUUAUUACAAUUAGCAUAUUCAAAGAAUAAUCCAAAUAAUAGUAAAUUAACCAUGCACAAUUCCAUAGCAUUACCAAUCAUAUUAAGUAAAGUACCAAGAUUAUUCCUUAUGUAUGCAUUAUCAUCUAUCGGUAAGACUCAUGAAAUUUUGAAAAAAUUACAUAAGGAUUUAGCAGAAGCUAAUAAAUUAUUCAGUCCUAUGAAAGAAUCCUUAAGUCGUUAUUUCACAAUCUGUAAUAAUUCCCCAUUGACAUUAAGUUUAUUUGAGAAUUAUUUAAGAGAAUGUGAUGCCCUUAUAAGUAAAGAACAAAGUAUAGGUAUGGCUGGUAAAGAUAAGGAAUAUUUAUUAAUGGUUGAACAAAGAUUAGUAUGUCAAGGUAAGCUUACUGAAGAUAUGGAAAGAAUUGGACGAGUAUUGAUCGAUCGUCAUGCUGUUAAUAUCAAUCGUGAUAUGAAAGUUUCAGAUUUAUAUUUCUAUGAUGUGGAUUGGUUAAAUAUUGGUAUUAAUAGAUUUGAAAAAAAUCCUAAUGAUAGUUUGUUGAAUGCAGUCAUUUAUCUGUAUCCAAAUUUAAAAGAUAGUAUUUUACCAAGAUUUCAAUAUUCAGAUAGAGAAUGUAUUGAUGCAUUAAGGAAAAUAGUUAUCAAUAUUGAUGAAAAUUCAUUUAAAUCUCAUUUUGAAGUUUCUAAAUCAGACAAGGAGAUUAUCAAAUUAAGAAAAUGUACGAGAUGCAGAGCUAUUUCUUUAGUUACUGAUCCUUUAGUGUUUGAAGCGCCUAGUACCAUCGGUUUAUGGACUAUGGUGUUUCAAAGAACAUGCAUUUGUGGGAACUCUUGGGUAAACAUUUAAAUAAGUAAGUAAAAAUGUAAAUAAAUAAAUAG